UCAAUUGUAUCGGGAACUUUGCGUUGAACGGACGGAAAUCAACAAACAGCUCUGCAUUGAAAUCGACGUCAGCGGGAACGGCGUCUGCCAAAAAGAAAAAAACAAUCAAACAAAAAUCAAAAAUCGUGUUUAACAAAAAUAGCAACAAAAAACAAAGCGAAAAGAUUUUAAUAUAUAGAUAUAUAUUUUUGUAUAUACUGCUACAAAGGUACAGGGAAGAGAAAAUAAAACAAAAGUGAAAAGACGGCGUGCGGUGCCGCUUAAAAUGCUCGCUAAAUUCCAAUGUGUUAAAUAACUUUAACAAAUUAAGUGUGCAGCUUUAAAAACAGCAAAAAAACUGAAAUUCCAAACAGAACAAAAACAGAAGCUGGAUUUCCCACUUCAACGAAAGGCCAACUUUGCCAACAGCCAAGGCGAACGCAACCUGUAGCUCCGGCAGCGACGUCAACUGCGACGCUAACAGCAGCAGAGCAGCUGGCGCCUUAUACGUUAACGGACUUGAAAUUGAAUUGAGUUUUGUGUUUUCGUAACGCGGAAGCGCAAAAAGCAAAAAAGUAAAAAAAGAGCAAAACAGAGAGGGAGAGAAAGAUAGAAAAAAAAGCCAAUCGCUUUUACUUUUGUCUUCGAUCCGAAACCAAAAACAAAAAGGAGUCAAAAUAUCAACCAUGUGGUGUAUUGUGGACCUGCCAGACGGCACCCAGCGGGCCGUCAAAUUAGAUCCCAAAGCCCUCGGCCAAGAAUGUCUCGAAAAGGUGUGCCACGGUCUGGGCAUCAUAUGUGAGAUGCAGUACUUCGGCCUGGAGCCAUGGACGCCCAACCAGAAGGAGUCGCGCACACGGCAAUGGUACAAUCUGAGGAAUCGACUGCACGGCGACAGCGGCAGCAGCAACGGGGACCGACUGAUGCUGGCGCUGCGCGUCAAGUUCUGGGUGCCGGUGCACAGCAUCCUGCAGGAGAGCGUGCGGAAUCUGUUCUAUAUGCAGGCGCGACGGGAUUUGCUGGAGGCGCGCCUCUGCGCCCACGACUGGAGCAAUGCAGCGAAGCUGGCGGCGCUGCUCUGCCAGGCGGACGGGCUGCGCUUCAAUGAGCAGUCGCUGCGCGCCGAGUGCCCCAUGCGCAUGCGCCGCGAGCUGGCGCAGCAGCAGCUGGCCCAGCAGCAGCAGCACAAGCUGGAGCAGCAGCGCAAGAAGCGCCGCCUCUCCAAACAGAAGUCCGUGGAGCACAUCGAGUGCUGCACGCUCGCGGCGCCAGCCAGCGCGGUCUCCAGCAACAGCGGCCACAAUCUGCAGCCAUCGCCGUCGGCCUCCAGCUCGAGCAGCCCGAGCAACAGCAGCAGCAGCCAUUCGGGCCUGGACGAGCGGCUGGCCAGCAAUCCGCUGCGCAUGUACGAGGAGUACAUAAUCCUGCCCAGCGCCACGGACAAGGACAGCGACAACGAGCCGCCCGCCGACUUCUUGCGACAGAUUGCCACCGAGCACAGCAAGCUGGCCAAGCUGCCCAUGACCCCCAAGGCGGCCAAGUACUGGCUGCUGCAGGGCAUCCAGGAGCUGAGCGGCUACGGCGAGGAGCUGUUCAGCGGCGUCACCACCAACGAGAGCGCCACGCCCUGCGACAUUGCAGUGGGCGCCCAUGGCAUCACAGUCAUUCGUGGGGAAGAAAAAGAAAGCAUCCCUUUCAGUGCCAUUGCCGCUGCAAAGUCGCUGAGACGCACCUUUAAGCUGGAGUAUGUGGACGAUCAUAAUGAUCGCAAGGAGCUGGAGAUAAAGCUGUCCAAGCCGCCAAUUGCCGCCGGGCUCUAUCGCUCGAUCACCGAGCGCCAUGCGUUCUAUGUGUGCGACAAGGUGCGCUGCGUGGUGACGAAUCAGUUUACGCGGGAUCUCAAGGGCACGAUCGCGUCCAUGUUCAAGGAGGACACCGAGCUGGGCAAGCGCUACGUGUUCGACAUACAGCACACGUGCCGCGAGGUGCACGAUCAGGCGCGUCGCAUACUGCACGAGCGCGGCGCCAUGGGGGCCAUCGAUGUGAUGGGCAGCGGCAGCUGCGACCCGGAGACGGUGGUCGGCUGCGGCGAGGGUGGCGAGGGUGUUGGCGGUGUUGGCGGUUCCAUGGCCGGCAAGAUAGAUUUGGCCAUACGCGAGAAGGAGGCGCGUGAGGCGGCGAUUGAGCGCUGCGUGGAGAGCCGCAUCAACGAGGCUAUGCAGUGCAAGAUCUGCAUGGACCGGGCGAUCAACACAGUGUUCAAUCCGUGCUGUCACGUCAUUGCCUGUGCGCAGUGCGCGGCGAGAUGCAGCAGCUGCCCCAAUUGCCGUGCUAAGAUCAUCAGCGUAGUCAAAAUCUAUCUGCCACCUGAACUGCGCAACAGCCAAACCGUUGCCAACAGCAGCAGCAGCAGCUGCAGCAGCGCCAGCAUCGCUGGUCCCCAGCAGCAGCAGCAGCAGCAGUCCGAGCAGCAGCAACAACAGCUGGAGAGCUCUGGCAGCGGCUCUGCAGCGACAGCGACAGCGACAGUCGAGACAGCUGCACCACCUGGCGCGGCGGCAAAGGUGACGACGGCUGCCUAGAAUUGGCUGUGCUCCCUGCUGUUCCGGCUGAUGGAGUGGGUGUGCGUGCCGAUUGUCUGAACGUGAUCUCGUCUAGCUGUUGCAAUUUCUUAUCUAUAAAUGACCAUAAACAUUUUCGAGGGAACAAACCAAAAACCAAAAAUCAACAAAAUCAAACAAAUGCUAAACGAAUAACAGUAAACAGUAAACCGUAAUAAGGAAAAUAGCAAAACAGCAAAACAGUUAAACAGCUAGCCUGUAUACUCGUAUCUUUACUCAAGUAUUUUAUGGAUAUAUAAGCCACGACUAUAAAGUGCUAUUUAACCCUAUCUCUAAGACUUAACGUGUUAGCCUACCUAGUCUGUAAUCUAUAUAUAUAUAUACGAAUAUGAAUACGAAUACGAAUACUAAAUGUCUAGCGAAUUAAGUGCAUCAACUCAGAAAACCUAAUGCGAAUGUACAACUUGGCUCUUGACUCUGAUAGAGAGGAUAAACAAAACAAACCAACAAAAAGAGAGAGAAAUAUGUCCUGAAAUGCUUCAGGCUAACAAGAAAAAACAAAAACAAAAAAACAAAAAUCAAAUCAAGUUAACAAAGAGCAACAGCGGCUACUUCUAACAGUUACUUACAAACAACAAAAAUAUUUUACUUUAAAAA